GUCAAUGUCAAAUAGUUUCGAUUUUGUCUCCAUUUUCUAUAUUUUUUAUUGUUAAUACUACUUGUAUUACUACAUAUAUGGUAAUAAUAACGGCCUAAAAAUGAUAAUCGAUGAAAACUUAUUACUCUUGUUAAUUUUGAUAUUCUCAUGGGUCGAAUAUGCUUGGGAGUUAUAUCUUUCUUUGCGACAGCUGAUGAUAUACAAGACCAACAAUACUAUUCCAGAAGAUUUGAAAGAGAUGCUCAAUGAAGAAUCAUUUAAAAAAUCCAGACUAUAUGGAAUUGACAAAUCACAGUAUAAAAUUGUGAAAGAGUUUUAUAAUAUAUCCUUAUCAUCUUUUAUUCUAUAUAAUAGAUGGAUUUCUGCAGCAUGGCAAAAAUCAGAAGAUAUUGCUGCCGUUUUUAAUAUCAGUCCAAGUCAAGAAAUCUUAAUAAGUUGUGUCUUUAUGUCAUUUGUAACAUUAUUCAAUUUUGUUGUAAAUAUGCCAUUUUCUAUUUACGAAAUAUUUGUUCUCGAAGAAAAACACGGAUUCAAUAAGCAAACCAUUGGUUUCUUUAUAAAGGAUCAGUUAAAGUCCCUUGUGCUUAGUCUUGUUAUCACAUUACCUAUUGUUUCUAUAGCUAUAUUUAUUAUAAUGCUUGGUGGAAACAUGUUUGUGGUUUGGUUGUGGCUGUUUACAACUUUAACCACUUUGAUACUUUUAACACUAUAUCCUUCAGUGAUUGCACCAUUGUUUGAUAAAUUUGUUCCAUUACCAGAUGGUACUUUAAGAAAAGGUAUUGAGAAUCUAGCAUCAAGGCUCAAUUUCCCGCUAUCUCAGGUUUACAUAGUAGAAGGAUCGAAAAGAUCGGCACACAGUAAUGCAUAUUUCAGUGGAUUAUUUGGUGCUAAAAGAAUAGUCUUAUUUGAUACAUUGCUUGAAAAACAUGAUGAUGUUAAGAAAGUUACUACUGGGUGCACCGAAAAUGAAAUCCUUGGUGUUUUGGCUCAUGAAUUAGGUCACUGGAAGUGCAGUCAUAUAUAUAAAUCUAUAGUCCUCACCGAAGUCAAUCUUCUACUUCUUUUUACAGCAUUCGGACUACUCUUUAAAUAUUCAUUGCUUUACACCUCUUUAGGAUUCCCAUCGGGACAAGAGCCAGUGAUCAUUGGACUAAUAGUAGUAUUACAACUUAUUCUUGCACCUUACAACUCUCUAUUAUCUUUCUUUGCAACAGCUUUAUCUAGGAAAUUUGAGUUUGAAGCAGAUAACUUUGCAGUUGGCUUAGAUUAUCCAAUGGAACUGAGAUCGGCUCUUAUUAAAUUAGGAAAAGAUAAUUUAGACUACCCCAUCUACGACAAGCUAUAUUCAGCCUGGUAUCAUUCACAUCCAACUCUGUUGCACAGAAUUGAAAAUAUUAAACUUCAAAUUUCUAAAAAUAAAGUUGAUUAAGUAAUUUAAAUGCAUUUUAUCAUACAGUACAAUUACUUUUAAUCUAUUUUAAGCAUUUAAUGAAGUAGUUUUAAAUGUAAUGCAUUUGUAUCAUAUUAAUAUUAUUAUAGGUCACAGAAGGAUUUGUAAUUUUAUACAAAACUAAAUUCUUGUAAAAAUGACAAAAAUGUUUAUUUAUGAAUAGAGUAAGAUCUGUAAAAUCAUUACCAGUAAUAAUUUAUUAAUUGCAUUUAAAAUGUUGCACACACCAAAACUACUAUUUCGUAAUUGAAGAUACAUACAUAUAUAUUUACAUAACUUUAUUGUGUGAUGUUAGGAUUUUUACUUUAAAAGCCACUGUCAAUCGCUAGUGUUAUAUUUAAGGUUUAACUCUUAAUAUACUUUUAUACUUUCUCUCAACGCUUUUUUUUUAA